AGUAGAUAUUUGCUCUCUGCAGCCAGAGGGACCAUCGGUUGCAUGUUUGGUGACCAGAUAUGUCUAUGCAACUUGCCAGCUCACCCAGAGCAGGGUCCUGGUCACUAAGAAUCAAGGUCAAGGUCAAGCUGAACAUUCUUCCACGUUGGCUUGGGUCCCAAGCUUCUCCUCAUCCUGACCAUGGGGGUCUUGGUGGCUGUCUUCUCCUUCUUCCUUCUCCUCCUCCCUUCUGGCUUCUGCUUGGUGAUGUCAGUCAAGCACGCUGCUUCAACUGACUUUGUCCCCUGCUGCAACAACUUCAUCAGCCAUCGGAUCCCACAAUCUCUUGUGAUCGGUUUUGUUAGGACCAGCCCCCAGUGCCCCAAGCCUGGAGUUUUGUUUGAAACCAAACAAGGACUGAAAGUCUGUGCCAAUCCAGCUGUCCACUGGGUCCAGAGGUAUAUCAAAAGCCUGGGUUUCAACUAAGCUGGGGGGACAGGGUGGCAGGCGAAAGAGGACAAGGAAAGUCAGCUGGAGCAUACCUGUGCCCUUUUGCUAGUGCUGACCUGGUCCUGGCCCCCAGGACUGCAGGCAGCCUCAAAGCUGCUAUUCCCACCCCAGAGGGAUGGAUGGAAAUGGGUCAAGCUGCUCCCACAG